AGAAUUACACCGUAAACGCUAUGGGUACCGUUUGGAUUACCAUGAGAAAAAGAGAAAAAAGGAAAGUCGGGAGGCUCAUGAACGUUCGAAGAAAGCAAAAAAGAUGAUUGGUCUGAAGGCCAAGCUCUACCAUAAGUAGCAUCAUGCUGAGAAAAUACAGAUGAAAAAGACUAUCAAGAUGCAUGAGAAGAGAAACACCAAACAAAAGAAUGAUGAAAAGACUCCCAAGGGAGCAGUGCCUGCCUAUCUGCUAGACAGAGAAGGACAGUCCCGAGCUAAAGUACUUUCCAACAUGAUUAAACAAAAACGAAAAGAGAAGGCGGGAAAAUGGGAAGUCCCUCUGCCUAAAGUUCGUGCCCAGGGAGAAACAGAAGUAUUAAAAGUUAUUCGGACAGGGAAAAGAAAAAAGAAGGCAUGGAAGAGGAUGGUUACCAAAGUCUGCUUUGUUGGAGAUGGCUUUACAAGAAAACCACCUAAAUAUGAAAGAUUCAUUAGACCAAUGGGCUUACGUUUUAAGAAGGCCCAUGUAACACAUCCAGAACUGAAAGCCACCUUCUGUCUGCCAAUACUUGGUGUAAAAAAGAAUCCAUCAUCCCCAUUAUACACAACUUUGGGUGUAAUUACUAAAGGUACUGUCAUUGAGGUGAAUGUGAGUGAGCUGGGCCUUGUGACGCAAGGAGGCAAGGUUAUUUGGGGGAAAUAUGCCCAGGUUACCAACAAUCCUGAAAAUGAUGGAUGCAUAAAUGCAGUCUUACUUGUUUGAUAACAGUAACUUCUAAUCAUUAUUGAAGACUACAAACUAAGUGGGAAAACUGUCUUUACUACGAUUUUUCUGAAUACUGCCAAACAGCUUUCAUGUCUGCAGUCAGCAAGAGAAUUAUUUUAAGG